UGUAGAAAUUCGACCAGCAUUAGGACCUGGAGGAAUCCCAGUCUCUCCUACAUCGUCUGGUACCAUCUCGACAGGAGAGGCAGCAUCGAGAGAGGGGAUAAAAUGGCCAGUCAGUCCCAAGGAAUACAGCAGCUUCUCCAUGCUGAGAAACGAGCGGCGGAGAAGGUCGCCGAGGCUCGGAAACGGAAAGCUCGGAGACUGAGACAAGCGAAAGAAGAGGCCCAGGGUGAGAUUGAGCAAUACCGUCAGGAAAGGGAGAAGGACUUCCGACAUAAACAGGAAGCGGUCAUGGGCUCUCAGGGUAACCUGGCUACGGAGGUGGAGCAACUCACGCGGCAGAAGAUCCAGGCCAUGCAGGCCAACCACCACCGCAACAAGGAGAAGGUCCUCCGACAACUGCUCACACUUGUGUGUGACAUCAAGCCCGAAUUCCACCAGAACUACCGGGUGCAAAUGUAGACGGGCUUCACGUGUAAUUGGACGGGAGCGGACACACUGUGGACUGUAUUGUGAUCAUCUUGAGUAUUGUUCCCUUGCUUGACCUUGUGUAUUAUACAUUGCAGACACUCCCCGACUUGCGUUAAGGUUUACGACCUCGCAUGAGCCAGACGUUACGUAGGUAAGUCGGAGACGGAUGCAUGUGUAUGUGUAAAUCUACUGUUCGUACUGUGUGGUGCCAGUGGGAGUGGAGACCACGGUGGAGCUCCAUGGUGGGGACCAUGGGGGAGCUCCAUCAUGGGGACCGCGUGGGGGGCUCCAACAUGGAGACCAGGGGGCUCAGUGGGGACCACGGGGGAGCUCCGAGGUGGGACCCAUGGGGGCAGCUCCGAUGCAGAGACCACAUGCGGGCAUCCACGGGAACAGCAGACUGGCUUGCGGAAACGGCCGCAUGCAACAGUGCUUUUCUACCGCAGUUUGGAAAUAAAGCAGCGGGCCUGAAGAAUUGCUUACGAAAGUGUGAGUUGACACGUCACCUGCUACGUAUGUCGGGGAGUGCCUGUAUACAAUAAGUUAUUGUAUUCAUUAACCGGUAGUAAUUAAGUUGUAGAAAAUAUACAGCAUGUGGAUACCUAACAUUGAUGUAGAUAGAAAAUAGACACAAAUUGCUGGAGCACCUCAGCGGGUCAGGCAGCAUCUCUGGAGAACAUGGAUAGAUGAACCUUCAGGUCAGGACCCAGCUCCUGUCUAAAGAAGGGUCCAGACCUGAAACAUCACCUAUCUAUGUCCUCCAGAGAUGCUCCCUGACCCAUUGCAUUGCCCCAGCACAUUGAGUUGUAACUCGCUCAGUUCUAAAGGCUUGGCUGAUUAGGUGAAAAUAUCAAAUGUAAUAACAUGGAACGGCAGAUGCCGGUUUAUACCAAAGGCAGAUACAAAAUCCUGGAGUAACUCAGCGGGUCAGGUAGCAUCCCCGGAGAACGUGGCUAGCUGACGUUUCUGGGCAGAACCCUUCUUCAGUCCCUGAAGAAGUCUUAAAGCAUUAAGAAAACAUGUGCAAUAUUUCUGGUUGUAACCCUUCGUUAGACUAGGCUUUCUUGAUAGUUUAAGAUGCCUUUGGGGUCGGAAAGAAGGGUUAUCAUAGAAAAUAG